AUGUCUAAGCAUCAUCCCGAUUUGAUUAUGUGCAGGCGACAGCCUGGUAUUGCUAUCGGACGCCUGUGCGAGAAAUGUGACGGCAAGUGCCCCGUUUGCGACUCGUAUGUGCGACCUGAGACGCUCGUGCGCAUCUGCGACGAGUGCAACUUCGGUACCUAUGGUGGACGCUGUAUCAUCUGUGGCUCCCCCGGUAUCUCUGAUGCGUACUACUGUGCGGAAUGUACGAGACUAGAGAAGGAUAGGGACGGCUGUCCGAAGAUUGUGAACCUGGGAGCCAGCAGAACAGACUUGUUCUACGAGAGGCGUCGGCUGGGAUUCAAGAAAGGCUAG